ACAUGUUGUUAUAUGUAUUAUAUAUACACAUAUUACAUGCGUAAGCUUCUACUUCCCAACCAUUCCAUAAUCUUUGUUCUAUCCGGCCAAUGAAAAUGGGUGAUAAACUUAGACUAUCCGUCGGAAUUUUGGGAAACGGAGCUUCCUUGCUGCUCUAUACAGCUCCAGUAUUAACAUUUUCAAGGGUGUUUAAGAAGAAAAGCACAGAAGAAUUCUCAUGUCUUCCUUACGUUAUGACACUCUUCAACUGUUUGAUUUACACUUGGUACGGUUUACCGAUUGUGAGCCAUUGUUGGGAGAAUUUUCCUCUUGUGAGCAUUAAUGGAGUUGGCAUCGUUCUCGAAUCAAUCUUCAUUUUCGUAUAUUUCUGCUACGCGUCGCCCAAAGAAAAGAUUAAGGUUGGUGUUAUAUUUGUUCCGGUGAUCGUUGUGUUUGGGUUAACAACGGCAAUCUCAGCCGUGGUGUUUGAAGACCACCGUCACCGAAAAUCAUUCGUCGGAAGUGUUGGCCUCGUGGCUUCUAUCUCCAUGUAUGGUUCUCCUCUCAUCGUUAUGAAAAAAGUGAUAGAGACAAAAAGUGUGGAAUACAUGCCUUUUUACUUGUCAUUCUUUUCAUUUUUGGCUAGCUCCCUUUGGUUGGCAUAUGGUUUACUUAGCCAUGAUCUCUUUCUUGCGUUGCCUAAUAUGGUGGGGACUCCAUUGGGGAUUCUCCAACUUAUCAUCUACUUUAAGUACAAGAACAAAAAGGAAGCGCCAAUUACAACAACGGUGGUGGGCAAAUGGGACCAUGAGAAGAACAAGAGUAAACUUGAGCUUGUAGUCGACGUUGAUCAUGAUGCUGAUGCUGAUGACAAUGAGAAGAAGUUCAUGAAUGCAUGUUAGUUAGCUUUCAGCUUUAUGAGUUUUAACUUUCUUGGAUGUAUUUUUCUUCUCCAAAAACUGUGUAUGAAUCCAUCCAGAGAUGUUAGGUCAACGUCAAGGUCUCGUGGGUUGUGCUUUCA